UCACUCAUUUGCCGACUAAGGGUAAGAAUCUUUAACUUGUGGGUAGUAUUUCAAGAAGGUGCAUCUGUUGGUAUAAUGUGGCUGCUCUCUGACAUCACGUUCAUACAAAAUCAUUUUGUGAGAGCGCAUCUACAUUGUAUUCUGAUUUAUCUGUUGUUGAGACUCACCAAAUGCAAAAUUAAACAAUUAAAUUGUCAUUUCUCUUGUGAUUUUAAUUGUAGAAAUAUCAACUUCUUCAGAAAACUUUGCAUUAGAUCAAAACAGGCAUGUGAUCCUGUCCCGGUCGACAUAGAGAAAGGGGAAAAAGAGAGAAGGGCACCGUGUACACUCCUCUGUGCGAAGGCUACGCUGGCCAUACUUCUCCUGAUCAAAUUCGUCCAUUACGUGGACACAUAUCUAGCUGAAGGUGUUAUGCCGUUGAUUGAAGCAGAAUAUGAACUCUCCAUUGACAAAGUUGCGAGAGUAGAAACAGGUUUUGCUAUUGUUUUUGCCUUGGUCAAUCCAUUCUUUGGACAUCUAUCGGAUCAGAUCAGCCAGUGGACCCUCAUGUGUCUGGGAGUAUCGUAUUGGACUCUGUUUGUCGCGAGCUGUUCCGUAAUUCCCCAGGAGUGGGGUUGGACCAUCCCUUUUAUACGGUGUGCUGUGGCCGCAAUAGAAAGUUUUUUUGCAGGCAUUUCCCUGACCCUGAUUGAUGACCUGUUCCCACCUGAAAAGCGACGAGGGACUUUAUUCAAGUUUAACAAUUUCAGCUAUAUAAUGGGUGCCUUAGGGAUCGUUGUGGGAGCAAUUGUGCCAAGCUAUUUAGGCUCAAACUGGCGUUUUGCACUGCAGGUAAGGAAAAUUCAACCGGGUACCAUUAAUUAUAUUGGGGUGACGGGAAGAUACAAUUGAAUAUUGGCUAAACAUGAAGAGACAAAUAAAACAGUGGUUGUUGUGAGAUAUUAGCCUUUUAUUAUCAGUUUAGUUGAUUGGAUACUGUACAUGAAAAGAGAUACAUGGCUGGGUACUUAACUGCUGUUUUCUUUGGACACAGCUAGUUGCAGUCGC